AUGUCGGUACAGCAGAGCCAGGCUGUGCUUCGGAAAAAUCCGGUCGUCUCAUCAUUCAAUUUUGAUUUUGCACACGGAAGUCACCGGGUCGCGCUUUUUAAACGUAGCGACCGCCUACUUGUGGUGUCCAUGAAUGCCCACAGCGAUGCUCACUUCCCUCAAGGCAUCAUCUCGCUCCCAUCGCGGGAAGCAUAG